AUCUAAUUCUUUAAAUUUGUAUUCUAUAAAAUGUCUUCUUCAACUUCAGCAAAUACUUCAACACCCCAACCUCAGCCUGAAAAAAAGCCUACCGUGUUAUUAUGUAUUGGCAUGGCUGGCUCAGGCAAAACCACUUUUAUGCAGCGACUAAAUGCACAUCUUCAUAGUAUAAAAAGGCCUCCAUAUGUUAUAAAUCUUGACCCUGCGGUCACUCAACUUCCUUUUACAGCAAAUAUUGAUAUUCGUGAUACGAUUAAUUAUAAAGAAGUAAUGAAACAGUAUAAUUUAGGACCAAAUGGCGGUAUUCUUACUAGUUUAAACUUAUUUACGACAAAAUUUGAUCAAGUGCUUGAUUUCGUAUCAAAACGUGCACCAACAUUAGAUUAUAUUAUCAUGGAUACUCCUGGCCAAAUUGAAAUUUUUACAUGGUCAGCAUCUGGCGCAAUCAUUACAGAUGCCCUAGCGGCAACAUAUCCUUGUGCAGUUGCGUAUAUUAUAGAUACACCAAGAACUACAAGUCCGUCGACAUUUAUGAGUAAUAUGUUGUAUGCAUGCAGUAUUUUGUAUAAAACAAAAUUACCUUUCAUAAUGGUUUUUAAUAAGACUGAUGUUGUUUCUCACGAAUUCGCUGUUGAAUGGAUGACGGAUUUUGAGUCUUUUCAACAAGCUCUACAAAAGGAUACAAGUUAUAUGAGUAGUCUUAUGAAUUCUAUGUGUUUAGUGUUGGAAGAAUUCUAUCAACAUUUAAGGGUGGUUGGAGUUUCUGCUGUUACUGGUGCUGGAAUGGACGAAUUUUUUGGAGCCGUUAAUGAAGCUGUUAAGGAAUACGAAACCGUAUAUAAACCCGAACUAGAAAAAUUAAUUCGGGAGAAGGUAUACUAUAUAUCUCAUGUUUCUUAAAACAAAGUUGAAUUUAAUUAUAUGGAUGGAUAUAUUCUCUAUUUAUUAUAUUUGUAAGGCUGAACGACAAGAAGCUGCAAAACAAGCGCAGAUUACAAAACUAAUGAGAGAUAUGGACAUAGCGGAUACUUCUAAAACAGAUCAAAUGGUGGAAGAAGAAGAAAUGGAAGAUGAGGAGGAGGAGGAGGAGGAUGAUGAUGAUGGAGGACAUGCUUAUAACGAAG